UACUGCGCCUUGAGCCACUCGGCCAUCUCUGCUCUUGUCUAGGCCCAUCGGGGCCGACCCACAAAUCAUAGUUGGCUAGCCCUUAGGCCGUAGCCCCAGGCUUAAUUCUUUUAGGUCGGGCUAAUCGGGUCAGCCUUUAAGGUCCAUAUACCAAUUUUGAGUUACUUGUAAGAGACAUACGUGUUCUGAUUCCCUACUAUUCAAUAAAUGGCACCACACCAAGGGUUGAAUCCUUUUCAUUCUUCUCAAUUGUUUAUGGAGAGACUAGGAGAGUUGUGAAUUGCUUGUAGAGAAAGAGAAGGAGAGAUGGAAUCGCUGUUCUGCGUCCUCCCAGGCGAUGUGAUGACAGAGAUCCUCACGGCCUUGCCCUUGAAGUCCAUAUGAAGUCCAUAUCCAGAUUCAAGGCCGUUUCUCAAUCAUGGAAUUGGAGACCACUGCCACAAAUUCAACUGCAAAAACAAAAGAUCUCAGUAUGCAUUGGGUCCACUUGUUAUGUAUUUUCCGGCAAGGUGCACCUUCCAAUGGCUUUUGAUAUGGAGAGAGAAGAAUGGGAAAGUAUUGAUACUCCAGUUACGGUAGUAAAGGGAUUCGCCAGAGUCCAAGAGCGCGAUCGCAAGCUUUGCUUGUUGCUAGUGACUCGAUAUUUGAGGGCAAAGAUAUGGGUUUUAAGUGAAAAGAGGAAAUGGGUAGAAGUGAAUGUUAUGAAAGCGGAUUUGAAGCAAUUGAUGAUCAAGAAUGUUUACCCAGCUCUCUGGAUUGGAGAAACGUUGAUUUUGCACAAUUGGAUGAGAUAUAUAAUGUGCAAUGUGAAGAGUGGCAAGAAAGAUAAGUUGACAGCUAUUCCUUAUUUGAUCACUGGUGUUUUAGCUUAUCAACCAAUCACUUGCGAAUCCUAAUAACAUAAGCUCAAAGUUUGCUCUGUUUAGAGCAAAAAGUAAUUUUAUAGUUUUUUUUGUUUUCUUGAAUAAGAAAUAAUUUCAUAGUUUUUUGUUAUUAAAAUUCAUGAAAGAGCUUCACAUGUAACUUGCUGGAGUCAUUGUGCCUGAUGUUGUUGGUUCAUUGAAUAUCAGGUAUUUGCAUUUCACUGA